UAUCCAUCAAGGUCCUCAACUUGUACAAGUAGAGAACCAUAGAAGACAAAUCAACACACCAUCGUGAACACAGUCUGACCAGCAUCCAUUUCCCAACUUGAUCAUUGAGACCAACCCAAACCGACUCAAAGGUCCCUCCCCUAUUCCCAUCUGGACCAACUCAGGAUUCGGAAAGUCAACAGUCAACCACCUCAACCAUCUCAUUUCAUACCCUCACUCAAAAUGUGCGGCCCCGAAACCCCGUCCUCAACACCACGGGUCGGUGCCCGAGUCGACUUCUUUUCUCCUUCUUCAUCCUCCUCAAGGGACCGUCACCUCCUAGGCAACCUCCUCUUCCUCAACCCAUCCACCCCCAACAGCCAACAAGCCACCCACUUUUCGUUCAUCAGCCCAUCAACAUCUUCAUCAUCAACAACAACGACGAUGUUGUCCAGCAAGGAUUCCUUGAGGGAAAGAGACUCCUCGGGUUCUUCAGACUCUUCAGAUUCCGAGCUCGAUAAUCGCGUGAUUGUUUCUAUACAGGGAUGGUUUGCUGAUACAGUGACUAGUCAAACCGGGGAUAUGACCAAGUCCGUUCAUGAGUGCGGGCUGCUGAAGCAAUUUACCCUGGACGAAAAGAGCUGUCGGAUGUGCGCUUUGAAAGAGAACCUGUCUAUCAGUGUUGGGCAGGACGGCAUCAUUGGGAGGAGGGUGUCGAUGAUGAGGGGAGGGGUGGUGCUUGGUGACGGGAUUGUUGGGUAUAAUUGUUGAUUUAUGAGGGUUAUAUGAACAUGGGACUUGGGUGGCGCUUUGGGGAUGGGAUCUGGGUUAAGAGCAUUAGUAUGUUGGGAGUUUCAUGGGGGGAGUUGGCUGGUUAGGUUUCUUCUAUCAUACCUUGUUGAUGCAUUAGUUCGGCGUUGCUCAAAGAAGUUCUCAGGCAGAACACAAGGCAUUGAAUCACAAGAGCGGAAGACCAGAUAGCUAGAGGAAGAUGUGAACAC